AGAAGGAAAGUCAUUCCACCGCCGGGUCAUCAGCCUGUUCUGCCGGGGUCCAAAAUAAUGCCGUAUACAUUCUGAUUAAAGUAAGAUUUUAAUGGUUGUUUGUAGAUUUACGUGCAUCGAGGACUUCGUUAGCCAUCUGGCGUAUUAUUGUUGAUUAUUUGUGAAAACAAAUAAGUGUUUUCAGUUGAGAGCAGUUUGUCGUAAACAUGGCUCCAACGAUCCAGACACAGUCACAACGAGAAGACGGCCACAGCAGGCCAUCUUCUCAUAGGACUGUUCCAGAGAGGUCAGGGGUGGUCUGUCGAGUGAAAUACUGCAACAGCCUUCCUGACAUCCCCUUUGACCCCAAAUUCAUCACAUAUCCGUUUGAUCAGCACAGGUUUGUACAAUAUAAAGCCACUUCUCUCGAGAAGCAGCACAAACAUGAGCUCCUGACUGAGCCAGACCUUGGGGUCACCAUUGAUCUCAUCAACCCAGACACUUACCGCAUAGACCCAAAUGUACUGCUCGAUCCUGCUGAUGAAAAACUGUUGGAAGAGGACAUCCAGGCUCCAUCCAGUUCGAAGAGGUCACAGCAGCAUGCCAAGGUGGUCCCUUGGAUGAGAAAGACAGAAUAUAUUUCUACGGAGUUUAACAGAUACGGUGUUUCCAACGAGAAAGUGGAAGUCAAGAUUGGUGUGUCUGUCAAACAGCAGUUUACAGAAGAAGAAAUCUACAAGGACAGAGACAGCCAGAUUUCUGCGAUUGAGAAAACAUUUGAGGAUGCACAGAAAUCGAUUGCGCAGCACUACAGUAAACCCAGAGUUACUCCUGUGGAGGUACUACCUGUGUUCCCCGACUUCAAGAUGUGGAUCAACCCAUGUGCUCAGGUCAUCUUUGACUCUGAUCCUGCACCUAAAGACUUUUCAGGUCCAACAGGAGUGGACAUGAUGUCUCAGGCCAUGAUCAGGGGUAUGAUGGAUGAGGAAGGAAAUCAGUUUGUGGCUUACUUCCUGCCCCAUGAAGAAACAAUUCGCAAGCGCAAGAGAGACUCCGAUGAGGGGAUGGAUUAUAUGCCUGAGGACUUGUAUGAUUACAAGAUAGCCAGGGAGUACAACUGGAAUGUUAAGAACAAAGCCAGCAAGGGUUAUGAAGAGAACUACUUCUUCAUCUUCAGAGAUGGAGAUGGUGUUUACUACAAUGAGCUUGAGACCCGGGUGCGUCUGAGCAAGAGGAGAGCCAAGGCUGGAGCUCAGUCCACCACUAACGCAGUGCUGGUGUGUAAGCACAGAGACAUGAACGAGAAGGAACUCGAAGCCCAGGAUGCACGUAAAGCUCAGCUGGAGAACCAUGAGCCAGAAGAUGAAGAGGAAGACUUGGAUAAGGACUUGCGGGACUCUGGUGACGAUAAAGAGAAGGGCAGCGGCAGUGAGGCGGAGAACUCUGGCAGUGAAUCUGAGCGGGAAGAGGAAGAACCGGUACAAAAGGCAGAGGAGGGCGAAGAGGAGGCGGCGCCCCAAGAGAAGCGGAAGAGGAAGACAAGCGGCAGUGGAAGUGAGAGCGGCGAGGAGAGGACCAGAGAAAUGCGAGACGAGGAAGAGAUCUUCGGCAGCGACGAUGACAGUGAGGACCACGAGAACAACAAGAACUCAGCCAGGAGCAGUGGGGCGGAGGGCAGUGGGAGUGAGGAUGAAAGGGGGAACCGAGGGGGCAGCAGGAGUCGCAGUGCCUCUCCAGCACACAGCGACCGCAGCAGCGACCACUCUGAGACCCGGGCCCAGAGUGGGAGUGGAAGUGAGAGGGGCUCAGAUUCCAGUGAUGCCAGUGACAGUGAAUAGAAUCCGUUGUACGGACACCUUUCUUACCUUUAUGUUCAAACAUGGCAGUGCUGCUCUGUCACUGGCCUUAAUUUCACUUCAAUCUGGGGAUGUAGUUUCUUUAGGAUUGCAAAUAUCAAAUUACAUGUGUGGGAGAUGCUCAUUGGUUUUGGAUAGGGGACAGCUCUCUUCAAUCCAGUUUUUAAUUGUAGAUUAAACUUUCGCACCAAUAGCUAUUUGUCCACCAUUCCUACAAUUUUGUCUGUCAGGUAUUCCGUACAGGAUCAUGUAAAAAUGUCUUUGUUUUUUGACUUUGUGUUACGGCUUUAAAACCGAUAAUAAAAUAAAUGCAGGUGACUUUUUGUAAGAAACAGUG